AUGGGCCUUCCCGGCCCGGGAGCUGGAAGUCGAAGGGGCGGGAGUCGUGGGAGUGAACUUGCAAGAAGUUUUGAGGGCGUGUGGGCCCUGCGCCCGCUUCUUCUCCACCGGACGCGGCUGGGGCGGCGGGUGGCACGGGGGAGGGCGCGGGAGGUAGGGAGUCCGGCAGCUGCCAUGGCGUCGCGGAUCGGGCUCCGCAUGCAGCUCAUGCGGGAGCAGGCACAGCAGGAGGAGCAGCGGGAGCGCAUGCAGCAGCAGGCCGUCAUGCAUUACAUGCAGCAGCAGCAGCAGCAGCAGCAGCAGCUGGGGGGGCCGCCCACCCCAGCCAUCAACACCCCCGUCCACUUCCAGUCUCCCCCGCCAGUGCCCGGGGAGGUGCUGAAGGUGCAGUCCUACCUGGAGAACCCCACCUCCUACCACCUGCAGCAGUCCCGGGACCAGAAGGUGCGCGAGUACUUGUCUGAGACCUACGGGAACAAGUUUGCCGCCCACAUCAGCCCCGCCCAGGGCUCCCCAAAGCCCCUGCCAGCCGCCUCCCCAGGCGUGCGGCCCGCACACGUGUUGUCAUCCUCAGCCGGCAACAGUGCCCCCAACAGCCCCAUGGCCAUGCUGCACAUCGGCUCCAACCCUGAGCGGGAGUUUGAUGUCAUUGACAACAUUAUGUGUCUGGACGAUGUCCUGGGCUUCAUCAAUCCUGAAACUCAGAUGCCCAACACGCUGCCCCUGUCCAGCAGUCACCUGAAUGUGUACAGUGGGGACCCCCAGGUCACCGCCUCCCUGGUGGGCGUCACCAGCAGCUCCUGCCCAGCCGACCUGACGCAGAAGCGUGAACUCACAGAUGCUGAGAGCCGGGCCCUGGCCAAAGAGCGGCAGAAGAAAGACAAUCACAACCUCAUUGAGAGGCGACGGAGGUUCAACAUCAAUGACCGCAUCAAGGAGCUGGGCAUGCUGAUCCCUAAGGCCAAUGACUUGGACGUGCGCUGGAACAAGGGCACCAUCCUCAAGGCCUCUGUCGACUACAUCCGGAGGAUGCAGAAGGACUUGCAGAAGUCCCGGGAGCUGGAGAACCAUUCUCGGCGCCUGGAGAUGACCAACAAGCAGCUCUGGCUCCGUAUCCAGGAGCUGGAGAUGCAGGCUCGGGUGCACGGCCUGCCCACCACCUCGCCCUCCGGCAUGAACAUGGCCGAGCUGGCCCAGCAGGUGGUGAAGCAGGAGCUGCCCAGUGAGGAGGGCCCGGGGGAGGCCCUGCUAUUGGGGGCCGAGGUCCCCGACCCCGAGCCACUGCCAGCUCUGCCCCCCCAGGCCCCGCUGCCCCCUCCAGCCCAGCCGCCCCAGCCACCGUCCCCAUUCCACCACCUGGACUUCAGCCACAACCUGAGCUUUGGGGGCGGGGGCAACGAAGGGCCCCCGGGCUACCCCGAACCUCUGGGGCCAGAGCAUGCCUCCCCGUUCCCCGACCUGUCCAAGAAAGAUCUGGACCUCAUGCUCCUAGACGACUCCUUGCUCCCGCUGGCCUCCGACCCCCUCUUUUCCACCAUGUCCCCUGAGGCCUCCAAGGCCAGCAGCCGCAGGAGCAGCUUCAGCAUGGAGGAGGGCGACGUGCUGUGA